AUGAAGGCGGAUGGGACAAUCGAGAGAUAUAAAGCUCGUUUGGUAGCAAAAGGAUAUAAUCAAAUUGAGGGUCUCGAUUUCGAAGACACUUUCAGUCCAGUAGUGAAGUCUACAACAAUUCGCAUGGUUUUAACUAUAGCCACAGUUCGAAAAUGGCCUCUUCGCCAACUUGAUGUAAAAAAUGCUUUCCUCCAUGGGAGACUCAAAGAGACUGUCUAUAUGCAACAGCCUUCGGGUUUUGAAGACUCUACUGCACCAAAACAUAAAGGUGAUAUCGUGAUUUUGUUGUUAUAUGUCGAUAUAGUGAUAACUUGGAACAAUCUCCAGCUUUUGCAAAACCUCAUUUCCCAACUAAGUACUCAUUUUGCCUUAAAAGAUAUGGGCAUUCUCCAUUUCUUCUUGGGCAUCGAAAUUGUGCCAUAUGUUGAUGGAAUCUAUCUUAGUCAAGUGAAGUAUGCUAAGGACAUUCUCAAAAAAACCAUGAUGCACUGUGCUAGAGCUAUCCAUACACCAUUAUCACAGAAGAGUGAUUUUCAUGUCGCAACUGGACCUCCUGUUGAUGCCUUCGAUUAUCGAAGUAUAGUUGGAGGACUUCAAUAUCUUACACUAACACGCCCUGAUCUUAUUCAUGCUGUCAAUCAAGUUUGUCAGUUUAUGCAAGCUCCUAUAACUACAUAUUGGCAAGGGGUGAAGCAUAUUCUGCGUUACCUCGCUGGGACUAUAAAUUUUGGACUUCGUAUCACUUCCAGAUCCUCCUUACAGGUUGUUGGCUUCUCAGAUUCCGAUUGGGCAGGAUGUGCUAUAACUUGUCGAUCAACAACAGGACUUUGUGUAUUCUUAGGUGCUAAUUGCAUCUCCUGGUCAUCUAAGAAGCAACAUACCGUGUCAAAAUCUAGUGCUGAAGCUGAGUGUCAUGCUCUUGCUUCUCUAGCAGCUAAAAUCACGUGGAUUCUUCAUUUGCUACAACAUCUUGAGGUAUCACUUUCUACUCCUCCAGUCCUUUACUCCGACAACAUCAGCGCGUUACAUCUCACCAGUAAUCCUAUUCUCCAUGCUCGCACAAAACAUAUUGAGCUAGACUAUCAUUUUGUGCGAGAGAAAGUUGCAGCUGGUGCAAUGGUUCCUAAAUAUGUUCCAUCAGCAACAGUUUAA